GCCCGCGGCCCGGAACGGGAAACGCGCCCGGGCCCGGCCCCUCGCGAUGGCGGCGCCGGGCCCGGGCGGCGACGCGGCCGUGCCGGAGGUGCCCGAGGCGGAGCGGCUCUUCCUGAGGCAGCACCCGCUGCUCAGCCCCGCGGGGCCGGGCAAGGUGAGGUGCAGGCUGACAGGACAUGAGCUGCCCUGUCGCCUGUCGGAGCUGCAGGCUUACACCAGCGGCAAGAAAUACCAGCGGCUCAUAAAGGCAGCCAGAGAGUUCGACUAUGGCACGUUUGAGCCCCACAUAGUGCCCAGCACGAAGAAUUUACACCAGCUGUUCUGCAAGCUCACCCUCAGACACAUCAACAAGCUUCCAGAGCAUGUCCUGCGUCACGUCCAAGGGAAGCGCUACCAGAAGGCCCUGAAAACGUAUGAGGAAUGCCAGAGGGAAGGAGUGGAGUACGUCCCUGCCUGCCUGAGACAGAAGAAGCAGCGGGCACAGCACCCUGAUGACCAAACAAAUGGGAACAGGCAGUCUCACAGGAAAGAAGAGUUCUGGGAGCCAAAGUCCAGCGAGGAGGAUGGAGAGGACACAGACGACAGCAUGAGUGACCUGUACCCACCUGCACUCUUCCCAGAAAAAAACCCACCAACUGCAGAGACCACAAAGGGCAGCGAUGACUUUGUGACAGACAGUGAGGACGAGGGCGCCAAGCAGAACGGAGAGCACGGGGCAAGGAGGGACAGCAGCAGAGCAGCUGGCAAGAGAGGAAAGAAACAGACAGGCCCUUUAAAGAAGAAAUUCAAGAGCCAUCAUCGAAAACCCAAAAACUUCAAGAAAGCAACCAAUGGGAAAUAAAUUUUAUGAUAAAUA